AUGGCCAAAAAAUCCAAACCACAACCAGAAGUUAUAUGUUUGAGUGAUGACGAUGAUGAUAAUAAUAAUAAAAUUAGUAUACCUGUUGCUAGUCCUCCAAAACGGCGAUCACCAAGUCUCGUCAAUGGUGAUAAUAAUAUUGAAACAUUUCAAGCAUCCGAUUGGAUUGUUCAACGCAAAGAUAUAAUGCGUAUACCAGAAUUAACAAUCAAACAUUCGGAUCUAAUUAAAAAAACUUAUGAACUUGGUUGUUCAGCAGUUCGUUUCGGUAUUAUAGAGUUUAAUGUUGAAUCAGAAGUGAUUCUUAUGAAAGAAACGGAAUUUGAAUUAAAGCUUAAAAGUGAUUUUAUGGCUAAUCUUAAUAUAAAAUUAGCCUAUUCAGACAUCAUAUCGUUUUUCUUUUCAUUUCAAUCACAACCACCAGCUGCAUUUAUUCAAGUUCGUCCCGAUUUUGCUGAUCUUUUUGCAAAAUAUAUUCCAUCAAUGGAUGAAAAAGGAAAAGCAUUUGAUCCAAAUUCAAAAGAUGAAAGACGACGUCGAAUUGUUCUUUGUCUAAAAUCAUCACCAGAAACAGAAAAAGCAAAUAUAGCAUCAAUUUAUUAUUAUUUGAAAGCAAAAUGUUCAACAAUUGUAUAUGAAUUUUUCUUGAUAUAUAAAAUAUUUUUUAAUAUUAUAUUUCCACAGAAUAUUUGUUGUAUAAAUGGUUCACGAGCUCAAGAAAUUUACAAUUUAUCUCGAUUUGCAAAAGUAUCAGCAUUGGGUUCGAUAACAACAUCAUUUGUAAUUGAUGCUAAUGAUUUGACUCCAAAAACUGUUGGUUUGAAUAAUAAUUCAAUACGUUUUGAUUUAUCUUGUGAUGAUUUAUUAUGUUUGAACGAAGGUGAAUUUCUCAACGACAAUAUUAUCGACUUCUAUUUGCAAUAUAUAUAUUAUAAAAAACUUUCUGAUGAAGAUCGUAAACGUACAUACUUAUUUAAUUCCUUUUUUUAUACAAGAUUAACACGAAAAGGCAAUGAUGAUGUUCUCAAUACUUCAGCUGCUGAACGACGUUAUAAUCGUGUUAAACGAUGGCUUCGUGAUGUGGAUAUAUUCUCAAAAGAUUAUCUUAUUUUACCAAUUAAUCAAACAGCUCAUUGGUAUAUUGUUGUUAUCCAAUAUCAUAAUAAUGUUCCAACAGAAGGUGAUCUAACCAGUGAUGACGAUGAUAAUCAUGACAAUCAAUUAAACUUGAAAAAGAAGAAAAAUACUGAAUGUUUAAUUGAACCAAUUGCCAAUACUAAUACUCCCGGUGAAGCAUCGUCAUCUUCAACAUCUAAUAUUCAUUCAAUGGAAGUUCUUGAUGAAGCCGAUGAAGUCAUAAUAGACAAUGAUAAUCAUAGAAAAAUUGAUAAUGAAACAACUACUAAUCCAAAGAAUCGUUCUCAAACACCAGCAAUAAUUAUGUUUGAUUCAUUACGUUCGGGUUCAAAAAAUCGUGUUGCGGCUACUUUACGUGAAUUUCUCCAACUUGAAUAUGAUCAUAAAAAAACUUUACCAGUUGGAUCAUUAGCAAGAAAAGUCUUUAAUAUAGAUACAAUACCAAAUAUUGAAGCAGCUGUACCACAACAACCAAAUUAUUUUGAUUGUGGUUUAUAUAUUUUACAAUAUAUGGAAAGCUUUUUUGCUCAUCGUUCACCAACGAUUAAUUUUCAAUCAUCAACAACAUUUGCUAACUGGUGUGAAAAAAAUUUAAUGGGCUCAUCAAAACGAAAACAAAUAUUUGAUAUUAUCAAUCAACAUGUUAUUCCUAAAGAAGUGUAA